UUGUUAUUCGAGGCCGAGCUCUCGGGUUGAACAGAGGAGAAGAGGAAGGUCUUUGUUGGAACCAGGUCCUAUAUCUCAACUCGGGCAUCAUUCACUCCCGAUAAAACCUGAACGUUUAGUCACAAUCGGCUGCAGUACACCCACCGACCGAGCGACCACAGAAUAGACACCUCUGACAAAGCAUCUUUCGAGAUAUAGGCCAAGUGAUUCGUGGGAAGACAUGGGAUAAGGACGUCUACUGUCUGGAGGCGUUUGGAAUAACAACAACAAACAAUAACAAAACCAAGAACAACGGUCGUCCUUCGAACAUGUCCGAACGGGACAAAGGUCAUCGUUGUCAAGACCGCGGCUCGGACGUCAAUGUCGCGGUUGUUAGUGAUCAAAGUGAGGUCCUUGGCCGUGCAAAUGACCCGAGUUCGUUCAUGAAGUUCACGUUGAAGAAAAAAAACACUUCCCGAGAACACCUCGACAAUCACCAGUGUGGCCACGUUGUGAUAGCCUCGUCCAAAGGUGUUCCCGACCGAUCGGAUCCCCAUCAUUUCGCUUUGUCGGCUAAGGAAAAUGGCCCUAAAUGCCGCAGAUUGUCCACAGCCCUCAUUGGCCCAGCUGAUGACGAUAGCGAUGUCCAUCUGCAUCCUCAGCAUCAAUUUGCAUUCCGUCGGAGUCUCAAACGAAGGGUGCCAUUAGCGCCGUUAAGAAACCUUCAGGAGGAAGGUGCCAGCCAUCUUAUGCAGAUCAAGGACUCAGAAAGUGCCAACAACACGCUCAUUCGGCGAAACCAUACCAUUAACAUGAGUUCAGAGGAAAGCGACCAGAAGCGAUCCUCGUCUUUGGUUCACAAUGAGACACCACCCAGCACAACAACAACAACAACAACAACGACGGCGGCAUUGCCCGCGGCCGAGUCCCAAAGCAAGAAUGUCGGCUCUCCCACAACGACCAGUAACGCCAAACGCAGUAUGGUCCAAGAAAUGCUGGAGGACUUUCCAGCCGAUGACGACUACGAGUUCCAAGCAAAGUUCUCGCAAGAUAUCAAUAUGGAUGAGAUCGUGUGCUUGGACGUGGGCGGGGAUCGCUACCACAUCAAACGAGGCUGUCUGACCCGCCUCCCUCACACGCGAUUAGGUCGAUUGGCACGCUGCUCGAGCCUGGAGGAUGCCAGGGAGUUUUGUGAUAUCCCCUACAAUUCCAAACCACCCGAAUACUUCUUCGAUCGGAAUGGGGAUAAUUUCGCCUCCAUCCUAGAUAUUUACCGAACCAACAUGUUCCAUCUAUCAUCUAUUGGCUGUGCCCUAGUGCUCCAAAAGGAUCUGGAAUAUUGGGGAAUCGAUGAGCUCAUGAUGGAACCGUGUUGUGCCCUCAAAUACUAUCCAGAGAUCGAGAUUUGCGUCAACGAAAAACAGGGAGAUUUGAAGGAGCGCCGACGCGAAAAAGAACAAGCCGAGGAGGAGGAUUUUGGAGGAUCUCGUUGGGGUCUGCUUCGGAGUUGGUUGUGGAACACCAUGGAGUAUCCUUGGACCUCCAAACUGGCUCAAGUGGUGGCCUUCCUAUCCCUGGGAAUGGUUAUUUUGUCUACCCUAACUUUCAUCAUAUCAACCAUGGAGGAGUUCCAGGCCAUGGACGAGGGCGAAUCUGAGUACACAUCCGUGGUGGUGGUCUUGGACUAUAUUGAUACUUUUGUCAUCGUGUUCUUCACCUUCGAGUAUCUGAUUCGCUUCAUUUGUUGUCCUCGGAAGUGGCGGUUCUUCAAGAACCCCAUGAACCUGGUGGACAUGUUCUCCAUUAUCCCCUUUUAUGUAUCCAUGUUCCUGAACACCCUAGAGGACAUCCAAAUCAUUGGCAAAGCCGGCAAGAUCGUGAGACUCAUCCGAGUGAUGCGAAUCCUCCGGAUCUUCAAGCUGGUCCGUCACUUUGCCGGACUUCAAAGCCUCUUCCUGACCUUGAGACAGGCCUACAAAGAGCUGGGCCUUCUCAUGCUCCUCGUGGCUGUGGCCAUUCUCACGUUCUCCAGUUUGGUGUAUUUUGCCGAAAAAGAAGCAUCCGAGGACUCGUGGACGUUUGUCGAGUCCUUUUGGUGGGGUCUCAUGACCAUCACCACGGUGGGUUACGACCUCAAUCCCAAAACAUUCUUAGGCAAACUUUUGGGCGGUUUCUGUGCUCUGAGUGGGAUCUUCAUCCUGACCCUGCCCAUCCCAAUUGUGGUGAACAGUUUUGCCAGCUACUACAAGAACCGCCUGUGGAGGAACGAAGUCGCUCAAAAGAAACGCGAACGUGCUCAAGCUCAAGCCGUGGAGGCCAAGGAAAUGCAAAAGUUCUACAUUCUCAAGGCCAUGGCCAUGCCCAUGACGGGUCUAGAUCUGGAUGCACCCAACGAGGCUGUGGCACUAGCCGGCUUAAAAGCGGCCAAAGAUCUUCGGCACUAAAAACAACAACAACAACAACAGCAACAACUAUCAUAAUAACAACAACAACCCCUUCGAGCCAACCCGAUAUGUCAGUCACUGCAGAAUAAUUCAGCCGUUUUGAACGAGUCGUUUUCACUCAAUAGAGCCCAACAACCACGUGUCUGGUUGGUUCCCCAUUGGAUGGAUCAAAGUGGUUGGCUCCUUUUUUCAGCAUGAAUCUUCUAGCCCCUGAGGAUCAUCCACUUUAUCCAGGGACAAGUUUGAGAGUGCCUCAUCACAGCAUUUUUCCAAGCGAGUUGUAUAUUUUCCAAACAGACCGGAGUAUUCAAUCAAAAUAAAUUGGGCCUUUUCGUGGACCAGGCCUUUCUUUUUGCUUCA